CAGGAUGUUACGAAAUCAUCCGGCGACGUCACGUCAGCUUGCUACAGCAGGUGACGUCAAUACAAGGUUAAUCAUGUUUCAUGGAAUACCUGCCUCUGGAGUGAUGGGAGGAGCACCUGCCAACAAGCCAGAACUGUAUGAGGAAGUGAAAUUGUACAAAAAUGCCAGAGAAAGAGAAAAGUAUGACAACAUGGCAGAGUUGUUUGCUGUGGUCAAAACACUCCAGGCCCUGGAAAAAGCCUACAUUAAAGACUGUGUGACUCCAAACGAAUACACAGGAGCUUGCUCAAGAUUGCUUGUCCAGUACAAGGCUGCUUUCAAACAAGUCCAGGGGUCAGAUGUGGGCUCCAUUGAUGACUUUUGUCGGAAAUACAGGCUGGACUGUCCACUAGCUAUGGAGAGGAUCAAAGAGGAUCGACCAAUCACCAUUAAGGAUGACAAGGGCAACCUGAAUCGCUGCAUUGCUGACAUAGUUUCUCUUUUCAUCACAGUGAUGGACAAGCUUCGACUUGAGAUUCGUGCCAUGGAUGAGAUCCAGCCUGAUCUGAGAGAGCUCAUGGAGACCAUGAACAGAAUGAGCAACAUGCCUACAGAUUCAGAGGCCAAAGAGAAAGUCAGCCUCUGGUUAACCACACUAAGCAGCAUGUCUGCAUCUGAUGAGCUGGAUGACUCCCAGGUUCGCCAGAUGUUGUUUGAUUUGGAGUCUGCCUACAAUGCCUUUAAUCGUUUCUUACACUCUUCUUAAAUGUUCAUUCCCUCUCUGAGGGCUUUGAACCCCUUUCCCCCUAGCUUUUUAUUAAACCAUUUUCCCUAGUUUGUCCAUGUCUGUUGUAGGAAUAUAGAAACCCUUAUAUCCAAUUAGAGUACUGUUUACUUAGGCUAAUGUUGUUCAGUAAUAAAAUCAGGAAUAUAUUACAAUUCACAGGGUUGAAAAUUAAGAGUAGUAGAUUUUAUUAUUAUUAUGUAAAGAGGACUUUCUAUCAGGUGGUAGUCUGAAAGUGUUUCGAGAAUGGCAAAAGCGGAUACAUAGCCAACUGAGAUGCAAAGGAGGGCAUUUUAUAGGGAGGAGUUUAUUAUAGGCAAAAGAUCCUUACCUCUAUAUAUACAUGUUAAAUGAACAUAUAAAUGGAUAAUUUAUGGAUCUCAUAUCUUAUAGAGCAAGGUUUGAUGACGAAUUCUAAGUACUGCAUUUUAUUUAAGAUGGAAAAUGUUUCUCUAGCUUCAAACUUUACUUUUUUUGUUGUUGUAAACAUUUUCCCCAGUUUUUAAAUGAAGCAAUGUUAAAUAUGCUCAUUUAUUUUCAGUACGCUAAAAUGUAUUGGUUGGUAAACUUGACUUUUAUAACAGCUUGAUUAAGAACUUGGUUACUAUUUCCUUGGCAUGGUGUUGGUCUAGCUCACUAUAUUAAGUAAAAAGUCAUAUUUAUUAAAUGACAGUUGUAAAUAAAAUAGUUUUGAAAUAAACCACACAAUACUUUGAACAA